AUGGAGAAAAGCUUGGACGGGCUGCUCAGCCAUUUGGUCGAGCAAAUUGCUCUGACAGGGGAAUUUGGCUCUACACCCGCACAAUUUCGAAAAAAUGUCAGAUCAUAUCAUUUGAAAUCGAACGACCAAGACGAUGUCUCGGACGAAGUGAGAUCCACGCCAAACUUAGACGAUCCAUUUCUAGAAUAUAUAUGGAAGCUCUUAACCAACGAUCCAGAAAUUCAAGUUGGCGACCAUGGUCAGUAUUCAAAUUUAUCUUUGGCGGAGGCGGAAGCCUCGUAUCAUCACCAACGCGCAACAAAACCAAGCGUUCGUUCAGUCGAGCCAAGCGCGCCGACAGAAGGUCGCCCUUCUGAGCCUGAUCUCAACGAAGUGACCGACCCCCAUCCUGUUCCUGACGUGGGUUCCACACCGCAGCUGACUGAGCCCACCCGGCUCACACACGAUGAAGGAACGUCGCUACCAAGGGAAACAAAUGAACUUGAUGUACCAAGUCAUACUGGCGACGACUUUGAGCAACCCGAGAGAAAUGCUGAGCAGCAAGGUAUCAGGAUUUUCGCAAGCGAAAAGUGCAUGUGGUAUGCGCUCACAGGUCAUGAACCUGACCCUGCGCGAAUUAAAGCUUUUGACUUUGUUCUCCUAUCGAUCAUUGCGUCUUGUGGCUCUCAGGGUAUCCUUCAAUUUGAUCUCGUGCGAGUAAGCGGCCAGGAUAAGCGGUCUGUGCCAAAUCGAACGGAUCGACUGCACGAGCAAGGUCACAUAGUUAAGAAAUCUAUUACAACCCUCACCCAUGCCAGGAAAGAGGUUUCGAAGAUUGUGUCAAGUCAUUGCGUCCUCGCACGCUUUGCCGAGGAACCACAAUAUCAGGCAGAAUUUCAGAGAUUAAUAGACGAGGCCAAGCGAAAGCCCAUGAAAAAAUUGAGAAAACCAAAGACCAUCGAAAACCCGGAAGUUGUCUCUGAAGAAAUACUUGCACAGGAAGCAAUAGCGAAUAAUCUAGAGCUCCCAGAAUCCUCGAAAAUUACAGCACUAUGGAUACCAGACCGUCCUAUAUGCAAACAGAUAUACGACGUGGUCGAUCGGGCGGGGAGUAAAGGAGCAACUCUCUUUGAGAUACGAAACGCUUUGUGGGGCGAUCACUACAAGAAACCUUCGGAAAACAUCCUGAAUCGACUUGUGAAUGCUUGGCAGAUAUCUCAACCAUUACAUCUUCGUCAUCUGGCUGUUGUGAGAGAUACGGUUCUACAAUCAAAAAGCCCAAUUUUUGUACACUUUACCUUCCCACAUUACGAAGAGUUGGUGAAGCUUGGUCGGAAGUCUUGGAAAGCUGUCACGACCCUAUCAUAUGAUACAGUGCUAGGCGGCGUCUCUGCUUCUUUGGAAGAAGUACCGGAGCUUGACGACCAUGGUUUUGCUAAGAUAGACACAAAAUUGUUCGAAAAAGAUGGGUUUGCAACACUCGCUGAAUGUGCAAGGAGUCCUGGAAGGCCAAUUGGCGGUUUGGCACGAAAAGUUUCAUCCCAGCGGGCCAUCGAUAAUGAGUUGUUAAUGGAAAGCGAGACCAGGCCUGGGCUCGAUAAGGCUCCUCGACCCUCACCGCGGAAACGCCGACGGUCCAAGUCUAGCCCGAAUGAAAUUUCGGAGUCGAGACAACACGGUACCCAUGUCUCCGAAAUCAUGAAGCUGCAUGAAUCACCUCUAGAAAAGUCUUCAAUUCAGCGAUCAACAGCUGCAGGCAAAAAGAAAGGACGACCUCGUAAACAUCAAAAUCUCGAAGGCGCUGAGGACUUCGACAAGAUGGACGAUGACGAACUGAGGGAAUUUCAGAGAUCUCGAUCAGCGGCCGAAAGAUAUCAGAAGUCUAAAAUGGACGACGAGAUUGAGAGGCGAAUUUCUCUUGGUCAAGAUUCUAAUUCUGCGGCAAUUGGAAUCCUGCAAGAGACAGAUGAUUUGAUUCAAAGAGGAAAGCAGGAUCCGGUGUUUCCAAAAGUCAGAUCUCAGAUACUUCAUGCACACGCUGGGGGCCCCUUGCCGCAACCCACCAAAUUAGACCUCGAAAUUCAGAAUCGGGCUUCAACCGGCAAGCCGAGAAACGCAGAUAGACUACGUGGACCACGUAGAAGGCCUCGAAGGAAACCUUACUGGCCAUCAAUAGCAGCUCAUACGCACCACAUUGUUGGGUACCCUCCUUUACUACAGUCGACUGAGUUCAGACCUGUCAAUACCGCAUUUCCGGCUGUUGAUGCUCGAACGCGAAAGCGCAAGAUCACAAUCCCAGAAGAACUUCUUCCAGCAAAGAAAAAGAAAGGACCAUAUCAAAAACAGAAGCCUUCUGGGCUGGAAUUUGAGUAUCUCCCUUCAAUAGCUGCUCACUCAGGUUCCUUUCUGCCCUCUACAAGAAAAGACAUUGAAGUUGAAAUACUUCCAAGGCCGAAGAAGCCGAAAAUCUCUCACUCUCCAUUUUCAAAGAUGACACAGCAACACGCAAGCGAGAGGGUCGGGAUGUCAAUAAAAGCCGUGCAGACCAGCUCCUUGCUUCCACAACCAGGCAAAUUCUUUACAGUUGAAGAAGCAAUCGAACGAAGAUAUGAGGAGCAAGUGAAGGAUCUAGACAAGUCCCAUGAGUUUAUUCACGUAGCAAAGACGAUUUCUUACAAACGACGAUCCGAUGAGCUCCAAAGUAUCCCUGGAAAGCGAUUUAAAUUGGUGAUUUUCAGACUCAAAGCGCUGAGAUCUUCCGACUGGAUGACCACACUAUCUACGACCACGCAGGCAGUGCUCUCCCAGACUGGGGCCGUCCAUAUCCAAAGACAUCAAGUUCAUGCUAAUAGAUUGACGGCCUCCGACUCAGUCAUGGAGAAUGUGCAAGCUGUCAAUACAAUGUCAGCAGUUGUCAGCCCAAUACUACCACCUGAGGCUCAAACGCCGGCCAGACAAGUUGACCUUUCUACCGAACUUCCAGCCUUCGCAGCUUCGCAGAUUGCAAGAAGCUUGACGGAACCUAGCUCUGGAGCCCCGCUAGGAAGGGGUUUGACUCUAUCUAACGCUUUGCCACCAACAAAUCACCUUGUUACCCCUCAAAGUGCAUCAAGCGAAAUAUUUCGGGGCAGAAAUCAAAAGCGCAAACGAAAGCAAAGUCCCAAACCAAGUUGGCCCCGCAAACUUCAGAAAGCCAACGAGGCGGCCUCAAACGUACCUUCUAACUCUACAAGCACCACAGUGGACUCAUUUUCUACAGCUAGAUCGCCAGAAGAGAAACGUAAAAGUGACUGCAGUAGUUCUCAAGCACUUGCUUCACCAAAGUCACGACCAGAUAACACCCCAACUUCCCCAACGGGCGGCCAUCGUGGAAGCGUUCCUGCAACCGUGACCUCACAGCCACCUUUUCGAAGGCAAGCGCUGGACUUUUCAAGAGCAGAUUAUCCUACUGCUGGCACUUCGUAUCCAAGAUCCAGUGCUAGAGAGAAAGUGACUCUGUGGGUAGUGUUGAGAGUCCCUAGUGAGCGCUUGCGGCCAUUCUUGAAUCAAAAUCGAACAUUCACAGUGAAAGCCUCAGAAAGUCAACGGCAAGCACCAAUGUCGUCUACAACACAGGUGUUAGACUCUUCAGAGGCUCCAUCCAAGGCAUCCCCAAAUCCAUCUGCUCCUCGGAAGAGACAUUAUACGAAUCCCCACGAGACAAUGAUAGCGAUCGGCAAAGUACGACGGACAGGUGGCACAACCGCUUUGAUAAGAAAGGAUAUUAUCUUAGAAUUAGUGAAAGAAUGCGGUGGUGUGGCCCCGGGCUACAAAGAUAUGGCACUUCCUUUUGCCAUGGAAUGGACGCGGAGAGGAAAUCCUGGCCAGCCGGAGACGGAAACCGUGCGGACUGCGGUCAAUGCUUUGUGCAGUGCUGGUAAACUUCGACAGAUAACGUUCGCAUAUAAGACACCUGAGGGGCUGCCUCGGAAGAGGACUAUGAUCAUAUCCUCAGAUGUCAAUUACCAAGAUCCAAGGAUUCGGGAAAUGCAAGAUAAUUUGGCAAAGAGCGGUCAAAAAUCAUUCUUACCCAAGGAGUGGUUACAAGUAGAUGCAAGAAAUACUGAUGUGGUACAGCCUUUCAGGGAGGAGCCAAAACACACAAACUUAUAUCAUCGCUUCAAUUAUCAUCAACAACGAUUACAACAAAAUGAGCAAGCAGAGGAGGAGAGGAACGAGAAGAGGGAACGUUUAGCCAAACUCAGAACUCUACUUGAACGCAACAAUGCCAGGGUCAUGAUACCAGAUGUCUCCAUCCCCUACGGUAAAAGGCGAAUGCCUAAGCAUUGGAACCACCGAUUUGCCAUGUUCUUGGGGGAGCAGCUUGGGUCGGGCAACUUGCGUCGUCGUAGGAAAGAGCAGCGGGAGGGCUAUUUUGCCGAUCCUGUGUUCCAAGACCCAGACGCAAACACCUGGCAUACAAUACCAGCUGUUCAUGUAUCUACGCUUCCUUUUAAAUCAAAUGCAACGCCGACUUUAAGUCGGCGGAUUGGACGACCACGGCAGUCAGACCGAAUGCAGCCUAUUUCUCGACGGCUACCUAAACUUUUGAGUCAACGUCAAGCCGCAUCGCCUGAGCCAUCUGAACUUUCAGAAAAUCAUACCGAGGAUGAGGAGAUCGUUCCAAGUAGCAGUGACAGCAGUAGCGACGAUUCCCACGAUAUUGUCACCGUUAGACCAAAGCCAGCUCCAAAGUUGGUAAAACCAGACCUAGCUGCAAGACCAGCACCAUUGCGACGCAUCAUCAAAUCUAGAGCCGCGAGACGUCCUGAUUGUCAUAUCGUGCCAUCAUACAUGAGACCAAGACAGCCUUACCAAAAGCAAAGCGGGACCUUCGGGACCUCCUUCAAUGGUUACAUUAGGGUCGUUGCAUUACGUUCACCUGAGAAGUCGAUUCAAGGCGUGCAGGGGUCCAUUUUGAAACCUCGACGCAAGCUUACCGUUAUGAACUCCUUCAUGCUUUCUCGACAAACUUUUCAUGCAACCAGCGGAACUUUUGGUACGCCCUUCGAGGGCUUCGGAUCUGAGAUCAAGCAGCCAACAUCUAUGAAGAGGAUCAUACGCCGUCCUCAAAAUGCUUUCAGGCCGUCUUCUCGGGAGCUGGUACCUUCAGCUUGGUUCAUGCGGCCUGCACAGCAAUUUCAUGGACCGAGUGGCACAUUCGGCACAAUCUUUGGUAUUUUUCUUAUCUUGUCAGCAAAGCGCCCUCGCGGUGUUGUGCCAUCUUCUAGGGCGAAGACAAGGGAGACGGAACCGAGAUUCAAAUUGACUUGGCCCGAAAACAGCUCCGAUCAGGUACAUAGUGGGGCGAAUAGAACUCUUGAAAGCCCUUGGGCUAGCUUCACCAACAGAAACGGUUCAUCUGAAUCAACGCCAAUGCUGGCCACUUUGGCGCCAAAACCAUGGCCUGGUGUACAUGUCAAUACUGUCUGGGAUCCUUCGAUCGGCCUCAGCUCAUAUUCAACUGAGUUUACCGACGAGGUGCUGCUAGCAUCGAGCUUCCAAGACGAAAUAAAGGAGUCGCUGAAGUGGGAGCUUGAUCAGCCUAGUCUCCUCGACUUGACGUUUCCAAGUGGUAUCUUCAUCAAUCACACGUUCCCUCACGACCACGAGAUCAUAGACGCAGGUCCUGUGAAUAUUGACUACGGCAACAUGUACACUGUAAAGGAGAACGGACGACUAUCAGCGAAGCCAGUGUCGUCUUUCACUAGAGAACAAUUUGAGCCCUCCUUUGACGCGCUUGCGGUUGUGAAGCCUGCGAAGGGGAAUGGACGUCAAGUCACCUUUGCUCUAGAGGAUUCUGAUAGUGCUGAAAGUGAAAUGGAAUACUUGGAUCACGCGACUCCUAAUCUGCGAGUCCAUGCAGGCCGAAGAAAAGGUCCACUAUCACGACGCUCCAUUAGUGCGGCUGAUCAACAUAGAUUAGUCACAGCAGUGACCGUGGUCCGCUGUCUGACUGGAGGAUUGGAGAAACGCGUCAAUUGGUCUCUGGUCGCCAAGGUUUUUGAGGACGAGAUGGACGAAGAAUUCAUUGUUGCCAGGUGGAACAAGACCCGAGAGAACGCAAAGGCUGAUAUGGCCAAAAUAGAGACAGCAUUCCAGGACAUAUUUGCUCAAGGCUACGAGGAGGACACUGUUCCUGCAAUCGAUUACAACGACCUUAAUUCAUAUCCAUGGAAAUGGCUGGUCCAGUGGGUCAUCGACAAUAGCGACCUUUCUGCGAGUCUAGUGGAAGUACCAGACCUUCCAUUGGAUCGAUACAUCUUAUCAAACGAGUAUACUCUCGAGGAGGUGCCCAGCGAUGACUUCAAUAAGUAUUACGAGCUUGAUAGUACAGUGGCGACCAGCCACCGUCAGCGAGUCCUUUCUCAGCGAGCCUGGACCAUUCCGAUCGACCACGACAACAAUUGCUACUCUUCCGACCCGGUAGAUGACGAAGAAAGCCUCGCAAUCGCAAAAUCCUGGAUCCGUGCCAACGUGGUCACGCCCCCAGAAACAUACAGCGCGGACGCCGCCCACGCAAAACUAAGUCAGAUCCCCAAACCUACAAUUGAAGCCGCCCUCAGCGACCUGCUUACCUCCAAAAUCAUCACCACCACCCCUUCCAAGUCUCUCCGCUGCUACACCCUCAACGAAUCUAUCCUCUCCCGUCUCGAAAAGACUAUCAAAGUCUCCGACCUCCAGCGUGCCACCUCCUUCAAAUCCUACCUCGACCUCGCCCUCGAGAACCACGGCUCCCUCAUCUGGUCCCGACACGCGCAGAACGGUGACAUGAUUGUCGUGAUGAAUUUGCUGGCGGCGGGGCGAGUCACGUUGAAGACCGAGAACGUGCCAGCGAAUGAGUGGGGGCAUACGGAUGGUGGGUAUAAGACUAGGCAGAUGGAUAGGAUGCGGUUGUUCUGUGAUGCGCUUGUCUUGCCAACGGAGAGGUAUGAGAUGGGACUUCCGCUGCUGCCUCUGCCUGACGCGCCUGGUCAGGUGUGCGAAGAGGGCGAUAGUGCGGAUGGGGGAGAUUGGGGGAGGCAAAAAUUGCCGCUGUGGAUCGAUAUUCAUGGUCAUCUCGUCCCGAGGUUGUGGGAAGUCGCGCUCGCGGGUGUGUUGUGUAUUGUGGUGACGCGACCAGGGAUUGGUGUCAAAGAAGUAGGGCAGACGCUGAAGGGAAGUCUGGAGGUCUGGGAGGUGGAGAUGGUGUUGGAGUGGCUUGUAAGGGCUAGCGCUGUAGGCAGAGGGGAUGGUGUUAUUGGGGCUGGAAGGAGGUAUGUGACGGAGGAGUGGUGGUGGUGCGUUCUUGGUGAUGGUCAAGAAGAAGACGAUGGCGUGGACGCCGUGGUGGAGGAUGGGACAUGGCCGACUGUUUAG